AUGGAGAUCGAACAAAGUAAAAUGCAGGCAACAGGAACAAGCAUUGAAACAGACAGAACAUCCAAUAUUUCAGAGGCAAUCCAAAGCAAGGCCGAAAGCGCGAAGCACCGAUUAUCAGUGGAAGAACCCACAGUGACUGCAGACAGCACAGAAGAUAUUGGUUCUUCCAAUAACCAGCCUGAUAUAGCACACCCCAAUCCAGAAACACGAGAAGAACAAAAACAACACACCAGACCCAAGGGUAGUGACAUUGUUGCUCCUCCAUAUCCAGAACUACAAUUAAACCCCACAGAUCGCUACCUCCCAAACCCGCAACCCCCUCCCUCCGACGCAUCCAUACGCCAAUCCAAGCUCUCCAAACCAGCACCGCACAGCCUCGAGCAUCCGCCAGGCUACAUGCAAAACGCCGCCGCCAUCUCCCAACCCCCUCCUCCUCCUCCUCCUCCGCCGCCGACCACAACAACAAUCCCCAGCACCGCGGGACACUGGACCUGGUCCGAUUCCCCCAACCUCUCGGGCGGGAGAUAUGUCUACUCUUCCUCUCCCCCCUCCCCCACGGCGUCACCAUAUCCGGGGACGAACGCGGCGACGACGGCGGCGUCGCAGGCUGCGCAUCGGUAUGACAUAUCUGCAAACGAUCAGUGGGGAGAUGGCGGCGACGAUUGGGGUGUUGGAUGGGUGUGGGAGGGGGCGAAGAAUUGGGGGAUGGCGGUGGGAAAUCGGCUGGUUGAGGCGGAGGAAGGGGUUUGGAGGGAGAGCAUGAUAGAGCGGACACACGAAGUUGCGGGCCACCUAGUACAAUACAAUCAAGAUGACCAAGGGCGUCAGAACAUAUACAUAUGCCUCACUCUACCCCAAUCUCAAUCGCUCCCCGGUUUCGCCAGCAAACCAAUUAUGGGGGUCACAGGUCGACCGUCCCGGAAUAAUACCGAUGCCAGGGGAAACAUGCAAUUAAAGGAAAUAUCGACUGCCUCAGCAAAAGUUCCAAUGAACAAAAUGGCCAGCAAGGCUGUUGAGAGCGCUCCAAGAAGGGGCCAAAUGAUCCACGGCUGGAUAUCAAGGGAAAAGAUCAUUAAAAUAGAGGUUUGCCCUGUUGCUGGAGUGGAGAGCGGUUGGGGGACAUAA